AUGGAGAUGACAAUGGUUCCAGAGGGCAUUGCAGCGGAUGAAGAUCCAGCACAGUUGCCAGCUGCUUCUGAGGCCGACGCCUCUCCCAGCGCAGUGACAAUGGUUUCAGAUGGAGCGCUUCCGGAGGUCGAAGCAGAUGAGGAUCCCACAGCAGAAGGAGCUUCUUCAGGGUCCCAAGGGGAGCUCGUGGUCGACGAGGAUCCGGCUCAGUCGCCAGCUGCUUCUGAGGCCAAGGAGCCCAACGCGGAACCUGAGCUUAGCACGGAUGAGAAGAUUCAGAUCGUCCUGGCAGCUUUUGACACGAACCAAGACGGCCAUCUGAACUACGAGGAGUCGAAUGAACUUCAGAAGUUCGCCUCCGGCGACGCGCUCGAUCCGAUGGUCUACAAGGUCAUCUGCCGGGAGCUCCGGUGCUCUUUGCACCGCGGCCUGGGCUCCCGUGAGCUGCGUCAAUGCUACGAGCGUUUCGGGACGCUGGAUCGGGACUUCGAGGCUGCUCAACGAAAGAUCCGUAGCCGCGGUGGUGUGAGCGGUGUGAAGGGUGUGAACCGUGGCGGUUGCGCGGGUGCAAAAAACUGGCCGAUGUUGCUGGCUCUUCCCCUGCUGCCGGUUAGCCCCCUGGCCGCCGCCGGCCUGGCUCUUGUCAUGUCCCUUCACAAGCCCCCGCGCUCCUCGUGCAAAGCAUGA